ACCAAAACCUGCGUGUACUGCGAUUUCCGCCGGGCGCUUGCUGUCUAGCCCCUUCGUCAUACCCGCCGUACUUCAGCAUUCGUCAGCAGGGUCAGACCGAAUAGCUCCGACGGGCAAACCGAUUUUCGAUUACAGCAACCUGCGACCCGAGAGCCACCCGUGCUCUCCCAGCUAAAUAAAAAGCCAUGGCCGCCUCACCCAGCUCUCGUGCUGCCUCUCCUGCACUGUCAGAUGUCGACAUUCCCAGUUCCCCCGCCCACCAACCUGGGAAGUCUUCUCACACUGCCGCCAGCGUAACUGAGGACAACGACGCUACCAUGGCUGCCACCCCCGAACCAGGCGAGUCCAGGCUGCCUCGUGGGAAGCGAGGACGUGGCCGAGAUGAUGGAUCAGGGACCAACGUUAUUGGAAAGAUCAGGCAUCUGAAAAAGGAGGACGGAGAACCGCUCUGGCGAAAAGACAUCCAGUACGACUUCCUCAAGGCCGUGUUCGACAACGAGCAAAAGGUUUUCACCAACAGCUACGAACCCGACAAGAUUGGCAAGCAGUGCUUCGCCGAUCUCUACAUCGACACAAUGUCCAGGAGUAGCAAGACAUCAAAAGUCCUUCGCGACAAGCUGCUUAGUGAUCGUGAUGCCGCGAAAGGAAUGGCCAUGGUCUGCCUCCUCGUCAACAUUGGUCGUAUGAACACAACACUCAACUUCUUUCCCGAAAUGCGUGCACAACUCCGUACAUACCAUGCUAUUCCGUCGCUCCAGGCCCAGCAAGACCCCCACGCGUACAAGCAACUACAAGAUGCUCCCCGUCUAAAAUCUAUCCUCAAAGGAGGCGCCGAAGAUAGGGAUGAGCCUAACUCUAUCGACGCAAUCAAGGCACGCGCCACCCACGUACCUAGGACAAACCCCGUCAAUCUCUUGUUCGUCAUCUGCCAACAGGCUAGCAAGAUCGCCGAGCUGCAUUUCCCCCCUGGCCGAGAGUUCCAUGACUUGAUCAUGAAGACCAACUAUUCCAGCACCAGCCGCGCUCGUGCCUUUCUAUGGCUCAUGUGGUUCUACCUCGAGUCCGACUUCACUGAGGAGGGCUGCGAUGAGAAUCCCUUCGGAGCAGGUGUCGACUAUGGUCUUGACGUUGCAAACCAGGGCGUGCCGCACCUGGUAGAGAUGACGAAAGAUGAAGAGGAAGCCGAAAAUAAGGACCCCGACGAAGAAAUCAAGUUCGGCUUGGACAAGCAAAAAAUGCGAGCCAAGAUCAUUGAGGCAGAUCAGCAGUUCAUGGUCGAGAGCCAAACUAGAAAAGGGGGUAGAGGCCGUGGCUUCCCUGCUGGUGAUGAGAUUGGUCCUACAACUGGCAUCCUUCCCCGAAUCAGGCCUUCCAAGGUUGAUAGCGACCUGGACAGCAUCAGAUCCACUCCGCCGCCUAGGGCUUUGGUCGGUAGGCAUCCUGCCGCUUUUCCACAAACUACUAACCGUAGGGGUGGCAACUCCCUAAAGUAUCAGAUCUUCGAAGGCUCGUCACCCGCUGGUGGACAGAUGCUCGAAGGUGUUGUGCACCGGAAGCCUCGUCCACCAACCGCGCAUCAGCUUGCUGUUGAGCGUAACAGAUCUCAACGCGUUGAAUGGAUCCUCGACCGAGGACUUAGGCGAAGCCACCAUCGCAGCCGUAAGCAACGUCGCGUCGAUGGCUCCAUUAUUCGUGUGGUCAACAGGCUCGACAAAGCCAAGGAAUGGGCUGAUUUCAGCGAUAGCGAGGAUGAGGAGACCGUUAACUACAACAAGCAGGCUCUCCUCGCAGGGGCCGUGAACUACACCGGAUUCGGGGAGAAUUACCCCUUCCGCGAGAAAGGCUUCGUUGGCCUUUGCCAGCUUAAAGACGAGGAAGAUGACUUUGGAGAGGAGUUCGCCUCGUACUCGGCCUCAUUGAGGCGCGCCCAGCGCCGACUCAGCCGGUGGGAGGAGUCCAAUGAUCCGGACCUCGGCGUUGUCAGGCCGAUCAAGCGGCCCAAGCUCACUAAUGGAGAUGCCAACGGCGAUGGUGAAGGCCAUGGUGACGAAGGCGACGGGGAGGGCUCGCCGUCCAAGCACGACAUCGAUCCGGCAGAAACCGAGGACGAGGCCGAGAUUAUGGAGCGCAAUGCCCAUCGUCGGGCUUAUGUGCCCGCCAACAAGCCGGUAAUUCUUCGCACCGGCAAGACAAACGGCAUCCAGAGACAGGAUACCGCCGAUACCAAUGAUGCCGAUACGCCCAUGGACGAUGUCGAUGAUUUGGAUGAUGACGACAAGGCGCUACUUGGCCUAGGCGAUGGUGAAGGCGAAGGUGAUGACGUCGAGGAUGACGCCGACGGUAAUGACGAUGGUGAACGGGACGCCGAGGACCAGGAAGAUUUGGACGAUCUUGAUAAGACAUUGUUGGGCAUGGACGGUGACUCAGAGUCAGAGUAGAGUCAUACUCGGGAGAUUACCCAUAACGAUGCUACCGACCAAACUUCAGAUGCCUUUUCACCCGCGCCACGAAUUCGCCACGACGGCAAAUUUGACUGUCCGGUUUGUCCACAAACUGGCUUGUCAUACAAGUUGUUGAAGCGACAUCUGUGCACAUCGCAU